AGCAAAUUGAUAUAGCCACCCAUCUCACCGAAGCGACUCUGGGCAGUGUACAACAGUCAGAUAAAAAGACAAAUCUAUUCUACCUCUUAUUCAGCAAAGAGGCUUUACAUGAAGCCAGUGUUUCACUGAAACCAGGUUUUAGCUCCUGAUCAAAAGUGAGCUGAUAAUGCAACCUUUAAAAUGCUCCACGGCCCAUCAAUUUCACACAAUCGCACGCAACUCCUUUCAAAUGCAAGAAUGUCGGAAAAUUCCCUACAGGGCUCCAACAGUGCAGCUUAUAAAAUUAUAGACUAGUUUUUCCUAAAAUGAAGCAAUAGGAAAACACUUAUCUGCUGCUUUAGGCAUUUGACAGUCAUCAGUAGCAAGUCUUCUAGGCUAACAGUCUAUGAAUUUUCUCCUGAUUUAUUCUAUACGGAUGAAUUUGAGCUAUGAUCUGUGCUGGUGGAUUCAGCUCAUGUUUGAAAGUUUUAAUGCUGAAAACAGAAGCAUUAUAAUGAUUAAAUUCCAUUGAUUUAAAAUGAUUGGGCCAAUAAUAAAUACAUUAAUCUGGGCCUAAAUGUCAUCCGUUCGUCCAAAUGUUCCCUCUACUGGGAAUUAAGUGUGGUUUACAGGGAACUUUAUGCAGCCAGAAACAAAAAAAAUAUGGAUUUUUCAACACCAUUAUAACACUUCCAUAUCAGGACCUUGGAUAAAAUACUGUUCACGCUACAGAAAUGCAGCCUCAUUUUACUGGUUACUAGCAACCCAAAUGGGACCACAUAAAAAACAAGAAAGCCUCAUUAACUGGUGCAAGUCACCAAGGACCACUGACAGAAUUCAUUAAAAGCCUUUUCACCCCCAGCAUGUUUAAGCAUUACCUUCUCGGCCAAAAAAAAUGGAACGCUGGGCUUCAAUUUGCUUUGCUGCUCUACCUGGAACCCAAUGCUGCUGAGUUGAUUUUGUAUUUUAUUAUACUGCAGACGUCUACAGUUAUCUCUUCAAUAUGUGUUUUAUCUGGGGACAAUGCCGGAGGAAAACAGUUUGUGAGUGGCACAGAACUGUACUUUCAAAUAGAAUAAUUCAGGGACGCUGGGAGUUGCUAAGAAGGAGCUAAGUCGCAAAAGGAAUUAUUUAUGAACCAAUGGCUGCAAGUUUCAUAAGGGGUAAUUUGGAGGUAUUUGGCAGGAUAGCAAUAUCUUAUUUGAGGAAGGAAGUCCAGUCGGAUAUUCUGGAGCAGGACAACGCUGGGGAAGAACAAGGAGGUGGAGGGUCAAUACUUCCAGAGUUGAGAAAAUACAAAUUACUAAUUUUUAGUAGUCUCUAGAAUUCCUGGAACUUUCCAUUAUGUGGGCAGAAAGUUGUGGCAGGGCUAAACGUGAAAUGUGGCGUGGACUAGCCCACCAAUAUUCAAGUUGUGUUUGGGUUGGUCUUCACGGGAGGCAUUAUGACAUUCUACAUUUUCUUUGCUCUACUGGAAAAAAGGUUUAAAGUGGAAUCCAAUUCAGUUCCAAGCUGUGACUGCAUACAUUCAAUUUCAUUUUAGCUAUUGUUCCACCAACCAGAACUACCAGAUUCCAAGCAAUCUUGAAAACAGAAUGUAAAACAGUCAUUGUCCCUUACUUAGCUGUUCCUUCUAUAGCCAAUGAUUAAAUGUUUAGGCGUGAGUCUAACACCUAAAAAUACAGUCCCUAUCUGCAACUAUUUGCCCUGCUUAUUUGUGUUAUCACUUCAACAAGGAACUGAGAUUUAAUCCAAACCAGUCCUUUUUAGCAGAAUUUCAUUCUUCUCAAUGAAAGAACUGAGCAUGAGAAGCUUCUGAUCUAUCAUGGAGUGUGCAUGAAAGACAAAGCAGAUGUAACUCUCCUAUAGUUUGUUUCAUAAUCUAUCCAUAAUAAUCCAGAUAUAUACAUAGUUCUUGAACUAUGAUUAGAAACAUACUUGGAUCACACUUCCAUAAAAAAGGCUCAGGAGAAGCGGUUUCAUUAUUUCUGAACCCUUCCCCAGUUCCCUGAAAAGCGUGGGAUUUCUAGGCAGCUUCACAGAAUGGAGAGCCCCUUUAUAACCUUCACCAAGGGCAAAGCAUGGGUAAUAAGGUUAACCUCGGGCUCCUCUCUUUGCAGAAGGCAACUCCUUCCAACCAGAGUUGGUGGUCAGCAAUGUUGCAGUGCAGACAUGCUCAGGAGUUCAGCUUUGGGCCCCGGGCACUGAAGGAUGCUCUGAUUUCAACAGAUCCUGCCCUGCAGGAGCUCUACGCUAAAGCCUUCUCCAGCACCGAGAAGCUCUUCCUGUCGGAAGCUUAUAACCCUCGCCGGACCCUCUUCUGCAGCUUGUUCAUCAGGACAGCCUUCGACUGGAUCCUCAGCCACCCAGAUGCCCCCGAGGACUUUGAAACCUUUUACUAUGCUUUGCUGAAGAAAAAGCAACGAUUCUGUCGCAAGCACAUAUAUCUGCAACCCAUAGACCUAAGUGAAGGCCCCGUUGGAAUCUCUCUCCUGGACUCCCUCCGGAGCUGUGUUGAGUCUUUCUUUCUGGGCCUCCGAGUUAAGUGCCUCCCUUCGGUCCCCAUCUCUUCCAUCCACUGCUGUUACCGUCACAAUCAGGAUUCAGACAGAGUGCAGCUUCACACAGAUGGCAUCCUGACCUUUCUGAAGAACAACAAGCCAAUGGAUGCGCUGUGUGUCCUGGGCCUCACCCUUGCUGACCUCUACCCAUGUGAGACGUGGAGUUUCACCUUUGGCAAAUUCUUGCCAGGCCAAGAAGUUGGUGUCUGUAGCUUUGCCAGAUUUUCCAGCGACUUCCCCCAGGUGGGUUGCACCACAUUAACUCCAUCUCCACGGCGACAGGAAGCUCAUGAUGAAGAAGUCGAACUAACCAGAAAGCAGACGUUGUUGUUCAACAUGCUGGAAAUGCUUCAGUGCUGCAAGGUCACGUGCCACGAGAUAUGUCAUCUGAUAGGCUUGGGGAAUUGCCGUUGGCUCCAGUGCAUCAUGCAAGGUGCUCUGAGCUUGGACGAAGUGCUGCUGCGGCCGCUAGAACCCUGCCCGAUAUGCCUUCGGAAGCUGCAGUACGUUGUGGGUUUCAAACUCAUUGAGCGCUACAGGAAACUCUACACCUGGAUGCAAACAAUUUCAUCUACCUGGCUCAGCCACGAGUCUUCAGAUCUCUCUGUGUCAGAGGACAUUUGGCCACACAGUGCAGAUUCUGGGAUGGGCUGCGAGAACGAUUCCGAGGCAAUAACCUCGCUCUCGGAGCCUUUGACCCCAGACACUUGCAGCCAAGCAGUGUCCACAUUGCAGGAUCUCGACCUGGAUGAGCAGUCAACUUCUUUGGCCAGUGUUCCAGACCAAGAACAAUUGGGUAGCACCCCCAAGCCCUUGGACAUGGUCAAGGAAUACAAACUAUGGCUUCAGAUGUGCAUUGCAGCUCUUGAAAAGGAUGUGUCGGAAGAGGAAAUCCAGAAACUGGACCAGACUGUGGAUGCUCUGACACGAUGGGAGAUGUUCACAGGACAGCUGCCUAACACGCGGAAGGAUUUACCUUUUACCAGUGACAGUCCUGGGCUGAGGAAAGUUCUGGGAGACAAAUUCUCCUCUUUAAGAAGGAAACUUAGCUCCAGAAAAUUGGCAAGAGCAGAAUCCUCCCCCCAUCGUUGGAGGUGGGAAGAAAGUUAGCUCCAUGGGACAUUUUGCCUGCUUUUAAAAAAUGAUGGAUUAAGUGUGGGUUUUGUUAGUCUUGUUUCUUCUAUUAUGCCUCUUGUCUUUUCAACUGCAAAUUCUUAUUGUUUUGUCAGAAAAAGGAACUAAGAAUUUUCCAAGUGCAAUAAAGUAAGUUUCUUUGGAUGAGGCCUGCUCCUAUCCUUCCUCCAGUAGUUCCUGGAAAGAUGAGCCCCUCUUUAAUCUACAGGGGGAGAAUAUCCUUUGUAGGGAUCCAGGUGUAGCCAUGGCUCUAGUUUAAAUGAUGGUGAUUUGCAGGUCAAGACAAAAUCCCUAUCAAAUACGGUGAACAGCCACCGUGGAAAACACAAAUGCAAACAGCUCUGCAGAAGACAGCUUUACAUGUUUAUGUAAUCAUCCUGCAAGUUAUAUAAUACUUGAUUUUUGAAAGCGUGCACUUGGGUGAGGAGCAAACUCCAUGUUGCAUAGCAUUCUCAGUUUGAGAAAAAGGAGUGGAGAAGAACCCCAUUAUUCUGCUCUCUUCUGCCAGUUGCAUCCGAUUUUCUACCUGUUACCAUUCCUAGCAAAUUCAAAUUUGUUUUCCAGAAAAUGCCACCCCUAGCCUGAACUUCUGUGGGACAGGAGAGAGGUUCUGGAAGAAGUGGGACAUUGUUAGGGGCAUUCAUCUAGCCCUUUGCUUAACUGUUGGCACUCAAAAACGUGGCUUGAAAAGCAGACUUCUCCCUCUGCUCCCACAAUGAAGCCUUUAAUUUUAUAUAGCCGUUUUAGAAUUCCAGGUCUACAAGGGAUCUUGUCUCCCAUCUCCCUACUUUGUAAUAAACCACAAGUGAGCCUAAAGUACAGAAUGCAAGCUUGAAACCAGUUCAGGCCUACCUCAGAAGAACAUUGUUUUAAGGACCCUGCUAUGAGGUGUAGAAUUAGUACUUCUGUAGACGUUGACAUAAAACAAUGAUUUGGGAAAGCCCAAGCUUCUCAAUUUUGAUUUUGCUACCUGAAGACUUCAUAAUUAAAAUAGCCAUAUACACGGCUGCUAUCAUAGACUAUAUAACAGUCAAAGAGACUUAGACAUACAUAGGGUCACACUGCACAUAUAUUGUCUGAAAAGAAAAUGAGGAAUAAGCUUAACUUGAAAAAGGAAGGAUCAGUUAUCUGCUGGAAACAUCUGUUGCCUUCCUUCUCUCAACCCCAUGUAUCCUUCAUGAAAAAGCAGUCAGUCAGACUGACUUAGCCCCAUAGCUACUCCCAGUUGAUUAAAUAUAGUUUUAAUUGCUUUUGCGACAGACCAUAAAACACACAUUACACAUUCCUGUUUGCCCGUUAAAGAAAAACGGCAAGCCUAUCUCUCAUUUGGAAAACACCAGGGGCCACUGAGGAUCAAGGAAGGCAGGAGAGAAAGAGUAUUUUAGAAAUAAGCACUUUGAUUAGAUUUCAUUUUAAAAACAUCAGCAAGGAACAGAGAAGCAAGAGCAAAAAUAAGCCUGCAUCUCCCCCAUCAGCUAGCGAAAGGGUUUGCAGCACUCCGGAGGUCGCUAUAGCAACUGUUUUCCAAGGGAAGAGAAUCUAUCUGGCACCUCUUUGAAAAACAGCUGCUGGGUCGGGGCUGAUGCUCACACUCACACAUAGGUAUUCACCUCAUGCUUUCCCGUAGUUUAAUUUGGCCCAGGGCUGAAAAUGCCUCUUGUGCAUGAGAAGCCAAAUACAUUUGUUCUUCUAUGCAGGUAGUCCUCGUUUAAUGACCGUUUGAAGUUCCAACGGUGCUAAAAAGCGACUUAUGACUGGUGCCUGAAGUUACAUCCGUCACAGCGUGCCCACGGUCACAUGAUUGCGAUCCGGGCGCUUGGCAAACAGCUCGCACUUGCUACAGUUACAGUGUCCUAGGGUCAUGUGAUUGCCAUUUGCGACCUUCCCAGCCGUCUUCCGGCAAGCAAAAUCAAUGGUGAUUCAC